UAUAGUUAGUCAUGAAUCUAUCAUUUGUGCUUCAAACAAUGAUAACCUGUUAUAUGCAAGUCAAACCGUGGCCAAAACAGCUAAAAUAUCUAUGAUUAGCGACAAUACUAGAUCUAAAAGCGAGGUAACAGAAACAACAUCAGAUUGCUCAACCCUUGAAGAUCUACAAGACUUUAUCGACUUUUCAUAUCAAAAUAUAUUGCCGCUAAGUGAUAAUGCCAAUUUAUCUUCUACCCGAACCUUUGAUUGUUCUACCCCGUCUCGCCCGAGUGUUGAUGACAACUCGCCUGCUAUAGAGAAACUUUUUGGCACUUUCAAAAGGGAGUUUGAAUCUAAGGUCGAAGCCUUGAUUUUCGAACUUUCGGAGCAGAGGGAAACCAUUGACAGAUGUAAACAGGAUAUAUGUAAAUUGACCAGUGAAAAUUUAAAUCUAAAGUCACGCCUGGCGGAACUCGAACAAAAAGCGUUUCCUAAGAAUAAAUCUAAUAACGUUAUUAAAAACGCUGAAACCAAUGAUGUUAUUAGUAGCACCCUAUCAUAUUACCUGCCCUCAACUGUCUCAAACGAAGCCCUAGCGCAACUAAUGGUUCUACUAUCAGCUCCCUAG